CCCCCGUGCACGCGCCGCGCGCUCCCGCUGCCGAGGCCGGCCGGACCGAGAGGGGCGCGGAGCAGCCGCUGCCGCCACCGGCAUGGCCCAGCCCCGGCAGCCCCGGCGCAGCAGCAGUGCCCCCAGGGCUGCGCCGUUGGCAGGCAGGCAGCAGCAGGCAGUGGGGCGGCUUUGAGGACCCAUCUCCCCGUGGCCGCGCACACAACUCACCCAUCAGAAGGUGCGACUCCUGACUCCUGGCUCUUCUGCUCCAUCUUUUCCCAGUGGGCAAAUUGGAGGCUUGGCAUGACCGGGAUGCUCUGAGCCCUUGCCCCAGGAGCUUCAGGCCUGGAUGUUGGUGCUGCUCCUCCCGGACAAUGUGGCUGAUACUCUGGAGAAGCCCUCUCGUGCCCGCUGUUCUCCAAGUGCCUGAGCUGGCGGCUGGCUGGGAUCUGCGCCUCGCCCUCUGGAUCCUGAGCUUCACCUCAGCGUUCAUUCACAUGGAGGGCCAGGUCUACUCACCCACUGUCAACACGCACUAUGGGAAGUUACGGGGAGUGCGUAUGCCUCUGCCCAGCGAGAUCCUGGGGCCCGUGGACCAGUACCUGGGGGUGCCUUAUGCUGCCCCCCCCAUCGGGGAGAAGAGGUUCAUGCCCCCUGAGCCACCACCAUCCUGGUCAGGCAUCAGGAACGCUACCCACUUCUCACCGGUCUGCCCCCAGAACAUCCACAAUGCUGUUCCUGAGAUCAUGUUGCCCAUCUGGUUUACCUCCAAUUUGGAUAUUGUGGCCACUUACAUCCAGGAUCCCAAUGAGGACUGCCUGUAUCUCAACAUCUACAUCCCCACGGAGGAUGUAAAACGGAUUUCCAAGGAAUGCACCCGAAAGCCCAACAAGAAAAUAUGUAGGAAAGGAGGAGCCAGCGCUAAGAAACAGGGAGAGGACUUAGCGGAUAAUGACGGUGAUGAAGACGAAGACAUCCGGGACAGCGGGGCCAAGCCGGUGAUGGUGUAUAUCCACGGUGGCUCAUACAUGGAGGGCACAGGGAACAUGAUAGAUGGCAGCGUCCUGGCCAGCUACGGGAACGUGAUUGUCAUCACCCUGAACUACCGCGUUGGAGUGCUUGGGUUCCUGAGCACGGGAGACCAGGCUGCCAAGGGCAAUUACGGGCUGCUGGACCAGAUACAGGCGCUGCGCUGGGUCAGUGAGAACAUCGCCUUCUUUGGGGGAGAUCCCUUGCGCAUCACCGUCUUCGGGUCCGGCAUCGGUGCCUCCUGUGUCAGCCUGCUUACCCUCUCCCACCACUCUGAAGGUCUCUUCCAGAGAGCCAUCAUCCAGAGUGGCUCCGCGCUCUCCAGCUGGGCAGUGAACUACCAGCCCGUGAAGUACACCAGCAUGCUGGCUGACAAGGUGGGUUGCAACGUGCUGGACACAGUGGACAUGGUGGACUGCCUGCGGCAGAAGAGUGCCAAGGAGCUGGUGGAGCAAGACAUCCAGCCAGCUCGCUACCACGUGGCCUUUGGGCCUGUCAUUGAUGGGGAUGUGAUCCCAGAUGACCCAGAGAUCCUGAUGGAGCAGGGCGAGUUCCUCAACUAUGAUAUCAUGCUGGGGGUCAACCAAGGGGAGGGCCUGAAGUUCGUGGAGGGUGUGGUGGACCCUGAGGAUGGUGUCUCGGGAAGUGAUUUUGACUAUUCAGUCUCCAACUUUGUAGACAACUUGUAUGGCUACCCUGAGGGCAAGGACACCUUACGGGAGACCAUCAAGUUCAUGUACACAGACUGGGCAGACAGGGACAACCCUGAGACACGUCGCAAGACUCUGGUGGCCCUCUUCACUGACCACCAGUGGGUAGAGCCAUCGGUGGUGACGGCCGACCUGCAUGCCCGCUAUGGCUCCCCCACCUACUUCUACGCCUUCUAUCACCACUGCCAGAGCCUGAUGAAGCCUGCGUGGUCUGACGCAGCCCACGGGGAUGAGGUGCCUUACGUGUUCGGGAUCCCCAUGAUUGGCCCCACAGAUCUCUUUCCCUGCAACUUCUCCAAGAACGACAUCAUGCUCAGCGCUGUGGUGAUGACCUACUGGACCAACUUUGCCAAGACAGGGGACCCCAACAAGCCCGUCCCCCAGGACACCAAGUUCAUCCACACCAAGGCCAAUCGGUUUGAGGAGGUGGCCUGGUCCAAGUACAACCCCCGUGACCAGCUGUACCUGCACAUCGGGCUGAAGCCACGGGUACGUGACCACUACCGUGCCACCAAGGUGGCUUUCUGGAAGCACCUCGUCCCCCACCUGUACAACCUGCACGAUAUGUUCCACUACACCUCCACCACCACCAAAGUGCCACCCCCUGACACCACGCAGAACUCCCACAUCACCCGCCGUCCCAAUGGCAAGAUCUGGACCACCAAGCGCCCUGCCAUCUCACCUGCCUACAACAGUGACAACGGGAAGGAGAAGUGGAGCCCAGAGCAAGAGGCAGGCACCCUGCUCGAGAGCCCGCGUGACUACUCCACGGAGCUGAGCGUCACCAUCGCCGUGGGCGCCUCCCUUCUCUUCCUCAACGUGCUGGCCUUUGCAGCCCUCUACUACCGCAAGGACAAGCGCCGGCAGGACACGCACCGGCAGCCCAGCCCCCAGCGUGGCGCCGCCAACGACAUGGCCCAUGCGCCGGACGAGGAGAUGCCGUCCUUGCAGGUGAGCCAGGGCCACCACGAGUGCGAGGCUGUGCCGCCUCACGAUGCCCUGCGCCUGGCUGCUCUGCCCGACUACACCCUCACCCUGCGCCGCUCUCCAGAUGACAUCCCGCUCAUGACCCCCAACACCAUCACUAUGAUCCCCAACUCGCUGGUGGGGCUGCAGACCCUGCACCCCUACAACACCUUCACUGCCGGCUUCAACAGCACGGGGCUCCCGCACUCACACUCCACCACGCGGGUAUAGCCGCCCGCCACCUGCGCACACGCAUGCACGCACGCACAUGCACGCACAGACACUGGCAGAGGGACUGCCGGGGCCAGCGGAGCUCCCCGGGCGGAGAGGCAGUGCCGUGGACGGUGCGGCUCUGCAGCCGGAGGCCUGCGGGGUGCCAGCGCGGCCGGGGCCCGCUCCCCCCCAGCGCUUUCUUUCGCUCCUAUCUAACUCUCUAGAAGUGCUUUGACUCUCCCUGCUCCCCCAUGGGUCGCCUGGGGGCGCUGCUGGGAUGCAGGGGGGACACAGCGCAGCCCCUGCGCCCAUGCCCUGGCACAGGCAGGCAGGAGGGGACCCCGCUGCCUGCAGCCGCGGGGCUCCCUGCACCAGGGCUGUGCCUCCCCCAGGGCGAUCACAUCUCCAGCGCUCUGCCUGCUGAGCACCUCUGGAUGGAUGAGGAGCGAGGAGUGGGGCUGGGCAUCCCAUCAACUGGUGCGCAGCAUCCUUGGGCAGCUUGGCAUCCCCAGUGCCCUGGAAUCGGCUCCUUCCCUGUGUUGGGAAGCGGCCGCGGGCCAUGGUGCUACAGGCAGAGGGAGCAGGCAGGGGCCAGAGACCUGGCCUCGUGCUGGGUGCAGGCGCUGGGGCCAGUGCCGGGGGCUGGGGACCCUGGGCGCAGAGCCCCUGGCUGGAGACUUGGCACAUCCACCCCUCUUUGCGCUGCAGAGAAUCUCUUUUGUGUCAGUUGUUUCUCUUUGCAGAGACGUUUUUUAAGCAGAUCUUUAGUUCUUUACACAACUAACGGAGUCGCCGCGUUUUGUCGUUUGUAAAGAUUUUAAAACCAAGUGUUCUUGAUACAAAAUAAAAAGCCAGUUGGAAGCCAGCUUGUGCACACGGUGCUGGCGCCCCAAGGCCCCCGCGGGCACAAGGCAGGGUGCUGCCUCCUGCCCUCUUUUGUAUUUUUGAUAUUCUCCCUCCUCUGUCGCCCGUGCCCGCGUGUCUCAGCCAAACAGCCAACCCGAUGGGCCGGACUCCCUGCUGCCACCACAGCCCCGGCCACCCACCACCCCACAGGGGCAUCAACUGCUGUGAGUACCAUCUGCCCACACCCCGGAAACCAGGGCAGACCCUCAGCACCAUGUCCCAGUGGUCCCCAGCCUACCCUGCUCCCUUGGGAGCAUCCCAGGUCUCUUCACCACUGCCCGCAGGCAGCUGUGCCCUCCCUGCCCGCCAGUGGUUUGCAGCUUGCGGCAUGGUGUGCAGCACUGGGGGCACUGGCAGGGUUAGGGUGAAGCUGCUCACCUACAGCUACUCUGCCGCCCACCUUGCUUCGGCUGGGGCCUUCCCCCCACCGUGGGGUGACCGCAGCUCUGGCAUCAGGGGCAUGCAGCUGGUAUACAGCAGGGCUGCUUGAGGGGGCAACUGGGGGUGAUGGGGCUGGGACACCCGCUGGGCUGGUGGUGGCCAUGGAACCGCAGGCAGCUGCGAGUGGCAGCGCUCAAGGUUUUGGUGCAUCUGGGUGUGGGAGCCCACAUGGGACAGCUCAGUCUCAGCUUCCCCCAUGGUGGGCACUGGCCCCCAGGGCAGGGCCUGGGGAGGCAUGAGGAAGGAUCGGGUCCUGUGGGGACACCAUAACUCGUCCCUGUGCAGUCGGUCCGGCUGGCAGACGCUGCCAGAGCUGGCGGCCGUGACGCACCGGUGCCGGCUGGCCCUACUACCUGGGGCCAGCACACCCCGGCCCUGCGCCCUCCCACGGCCCCGGGCAGGGCUGAGGAUCCUCACUGGAGAAUGUAUUUAUACCCUGUCACCCGCGCAAAGUAACAAAGUCCAAAUAAAACAGAAGUGAUAUUUUUAA